AUGGAGCGAUCCAGGAAAUUAACCAAUAUAGACGUAACUAACGGGGUGGACCAGAAGGUUGAAUUAUUUGGUGUUUCCGGAACACUCUUGAAAAAUUCCCUAGUGCCUUUUUUCCCUUUCUCCAGGUACACCUACAGUGUUGGAGAAGGCAAUUGUUUGUUGAUGCGUCUGUUUGAAAAGAACACGUUUCUGACUGGAUUUUAUGCAACCGGACCUAACGCUUCUGAAAACGGGAUAUAUCCAAAUGAAGGAAAAUUAUAUAAUCAAGAAUUUGUUAAAUUUGCUAAUGGAUUGUUAAUUGAAGAUACUAAGUUGGUUGGACCUUGGUUGUUGGGAGCGGAUGUUUUCCUUCGUAAUCAAUCGAAAUUCCAACUUUCAACAUUAAUUACUGGAGAUGAAGAAUGUGCCCCUAGCUUUUCUUAUUUGUUGAGUAAAUAUGCAGGCAUACAUUCGAACGUUGUGCUUAACACGAAUUUGUGA